UGCCGCCCCCUGCGGCCGCCGCCGCGCCACCUCCGCUCUGCUCCCCUCCCCUGUCCCCGCCAUGGAGUGAGGCCCCCGCCGGACGGCCGGACGGGGGGGCCCCGCCGCGCCUCGAUGGCUCUGGUCACGGUGCAGCGCUCGCCUACCCCCAGCGCCACUUCCAGCCCCUGCGCCUCGGAGGCAGACAGCGGGGAAGAAGAAUGCCGGUCCCAGCCCAGAAGCAUCAGCGAAAGCUUCCUCACUGUGAAAGGUGCAGCUCUCUUCCUGCCACGAGGAAAUGGGUCAUCCACGCCCAGGAUCAGUCACAGGCGCAACAAACAUGCAGGGGAUCUCCAGCAGCACCUGCAGGCCAUGUUCAUCCUGCUCCGCCCAGAAGACAACAUCAGACUGGCUGUAAGACUGGAAAGUACCUACCAGAACCGUACUAGAUACAUGGUGGUGGUGUCCACCAAUGGCAGACAAGACACGGAGGAGAGCAUCGUCCUAGGAAUGGAUUUCUCUUCCAAUGACAGUAGCACUUGUACGAUGGGCUUGGUGCUGCCGCUCUGGAGUGACACCUUGAUCCACCUGGAUGGGGAUGGAGGGUUCAGCGUAUCAACAGAUAACAGAGUGCACAUAUUCAAGCCCGUGUCUGUACAGGCAAUGUGGUCUGCUCUGCAGAGUUUGCAUAAGGCUUGUGAAGUGGCACGGAGCAACAAUUAUUAUCCAGGGAGCCUCUUCCUCACGUGGGUCAGUUACUAUGAGAGCCACAUCAACUCUGACCAGUCGUCAGUCAACGAGUGGAAUGCCAUGCAGGAUGUGCAGUCCCACCGGCCCGACUCGCCCGCCCUCUUCACAGAUGUCCCAACUGAGCGGGAACGCACGGAACGGCUGAUUAAGACCAAAUUAAGGGAGAUCAUGAUGCAGAAAGAUUUGGAGAACAUCACCUCAAAAGAGAUACGCACGGAGCUGGAGAUGCAGAUGGUGUGUAACCUGCGGGAGUUCAAGGAAUUCAUUGACAAUGAAAUGAUAGUGAUCCUCGGGCAGAUGGACAGCCCCACACAGAUAUUUGAUCAUGUCUUUUUGGGCUCAGAAUGGAAUGCCUCCAAUUUGGAAGAUUUGCAGAACAGAGGGGUACGGUACAUUUUGAAUGUGACUCGAGAAAUAGAUAAUUUCUUCCCUGGGCUCUUCGAAUAUCACAAUAUCAGGGUUUAUGAUGAAGAAGCUACAGAUCUUCUGGCUUACUGGAAUGAUACCUACAAAUUCAUCUCCAAGGCAAAGAAAAAUGGUUCUAAGUGCCUGGUGCACUGCAAGAUGGGGGUGAGCCGCUCAGCAUCCACGGUGAUUGCCUAUGCCAUGAAGGAAUACGGCUGGAACCUGGACAGGGCGUACGACUACGUGAAGGAGCGGCGCACCGUCACCAAGCCCAACCCCAGCUUCAUGCGGCAGCUGGAGGAGUACCAAGGGAUCCUGCUGGCCAGCAAGCAGCGGCACAACAAACUGUGGCGCUCGCACUCGGACAGCGACCUCUCGGACCACCACGAGCCCAUCUGCAAGGCUGGGCUGGAGCUGAACAAAAAGGAGAUCACCACCUCAGCUGACCAAAUCUCAGAGGCCAAGACCAAUGACAACCAGCAGCCCAUGUCUCCCAUCUACUCAGCUGAGCUGGACAGGGAGCAGCAGCUCCCAGAGGACACAAACAUGAUCGAGGACGUGUGUGUGAAGGAGAGAAGGAUCCACUUAGAGUUUACUUGCAGAGACUUCCACACUGAGCAGAUGGAGGACAAGCUGAACCUGAACAAUAUCAAUGGCUGUACAGCAGGGUGUUGUGUAGACUCUGUCCCCCCUGACAACUGCCGUGCUUCUGAGGCCUUAAUGCAGCUCCAGCACCCCUUGGAAAUAACAGAGUUUCCUGAUCUGACAGUGGAUGAUCUAGAAAAAGAUGCCCUUAAGCCUGAUAUGAACGUGCACUUGGUUCCCAUGGAAGAAUUCACUUCAUGCUUAAAAGACUUCCCCCAAUCCCCAAACCAGAAUUCCCUAGGCCUCCAACAGAACCCUCAGCCUGAAGUGACAGACCUCAGCACAGACAGGAUUGAUUUCUUCAGUGCUUUGGAGAAAUUUGUGGAGCUCUCUCAGGAGAGCCGGUCACGAACCUGCUCCCAUUCCAGGCCAGAGGAGCAAGGGGCUGGGAGGAAUGGAGUCUCCAGGGUGCCCGUGCUGGAAGUGCCACCUGCUGCAGAUGGGGGUGCAGAUGCUCGAAGAAACAGCCCUGGAAACUCUCCUCAGCCAUCCGAUGACUCUUCCACAGAUGAAGAGCAGCAAAAGGAGGUCCCUGAGCUGCCUGGUGCAGGUCAUCUCACGAGAUCCCACUCGGAAAAUGCCAUUUCUGUGAAGGAAAUUAUCACAGAGAUUGAGUCAAUCAACCAGGGAACAGGACCUGCCCAGCAGAAAGAGAGUUCAGCCAACCUCAGCCAGACACCAAAGAGGAACACGGUGCAUGACCUGCCAGUGGAGGUGAUUUGGGCAUCAGAAAAGUUGGAACAGAGUGAAGCAGCCUGUGCUGGACACCAGGAGAAGGAGAAGGACCCGCUGCCAACUGAGCAGGAAGAAGCCCCAUCUCUGCAGCUGGCUUCUGGUCGAUCAGACCUGGAGGAAAGCAGCUCUGGUGGGGAGCAGCAGGAGCCUCGUGGCUCCACCAAGCCCGAGCCCAAGUGGUGCCCCGGCUCCGUCCGGCGAGCCACGCUGGAGUUCGAGGAGCGCUUGAGGCAGGAGCAGGAGCACCAGCACACGGCCCCAGCCUGCGCUUUACCCACCCGCAAGAACUCCAGGCACGACUCUCCUGCUGCCGAGCUCCUGCCACGGGGGAAGAGCGAGGAGCCGCCCCUGGAGCUGGCUCCGGAGCGGGACAAGGCGCAGGGUCCGGGCGCUGAGGAGCCGCCGAGCGCAGCCAUGAGCCGCCGCGUGGUGCGCCAGAGCAAGUUCCGGCACGUGUUCGGGCAGCCGGUGAAGGCAGACCAGAUGUACGAGGACAUCCGUGUCUCCAAGGUGACAUGUGACAGCUCCUUCUGCGCUGUCAACCCCAAGUUUGUGGCCAUCAUUGUGGAGUCCGGCGGUGGCGGGGCCUUCAUUGUCCUGCCCCUCGCCAAGACAGGACGGGUGGACAAGAACCACCCGCUGGUCACGGGACACACGGCGCCCGUGCUGGACAUCGACUGGUGUCCCCACAACGACAACGUCAUCGCCAGCGCCUCGGAGGACACCACUGUCAUGGUGUGGCAGAUCCCCGACUAUGUCCCCGUGCGCAACAUCACGGAGCCCGUGGUGACACUGGAGGGACACUCCAAGCGGGUGAGCAUCAUCUCCUGGCACCCCACCGCCCGCAACGUCCUGCUCAGCGCAGGCUGUGACAACCUGGUGAUCCUCUGGAAUGUGGGGACUGGGGAGAUGCUGCUGGCUCUGGAUGACAUGCACACUGACCUCAUCUACAACGUGGGCUGGAACCGCAACGGCAGCCUCCUGGUCACCACCUGCAAGGACAAGAAGGUCCGUGUCAUCGACCCCCGCAAGCAGCAGAUCAUAGCGGAGAAAACCAAACCGCACGACGGCACCCGCCCCAUCCGCGCCAUCUUCGUGGCCGAUGGCAAGAUCUUCACCACGGGCUUCAGCAGGAUGAGCGAGCGGCAGCUGGGCCUCUGGGACCUGGAGAGGUUUGCCCCCCACGAAGGGCUGAGGCCCGUGCGGGCCAUCUUCACGCGGGAAGGACACAUCUUUACCACGGGCUUUACCAGAAUGAGCCAGCGGGAGCUGGGCUUGUGGGACCCGAAUAACUUUGAGGAGCCCAUUGCCCUGCAAGAGAUGGACACGAGCAACGGGGUCCUGCUGCCCUUCUACGACGCCGAUUCCAGCAUCGUCUACCUCUGCGGGAAGGGUGACAGCAGCAUCCGGUACUUCGAGAUCACGGACGAGGCUCCCUACGUGCACUACCUGAACACCUACAGCAGCAAGGAGCCCCAGCGGGGCAUGGGCUUCAUGCCCAAGCGUGGGCUGGAUGUCAGCAAGUGUGAGAUCGCCAGGUUCUUCAAGCUGCACGAGCGCAAGUGCGAGCCCAUCGUCAUGACGGUGCCACGCAAGUCAGACCUCUUCCAGGAUGACCUUUACCCUGACACGCCAGGCCCCGAGCCGGCCCUGGAGGCAGAUGAGUGGCUGUCGGGGAAGGAUGCAGAGCCCAUCCUCAUCUCGCUGCGGGAUGGGUACGUGCCCAUCAAGAACCGGGAGCUGAAGGUGGUCAAGAAGAACAUCCUGGACAGCAAACCCCCGCCAGGCCCCCGACGCAGCCACUCCACCUGCGACUCCGACUUCUCUCCAGCCUUGGAGGAGGUGCUGGAGGAGAUCCGUGCCCUGAAGGAGACGGUCCAAGCACAGGAGAAGCGCAUCUCCGACCUGGAGAACAAACUCGGCCAGUUCACCAACGGCACGGACUAGCGCGGUGGCCACGGCCACGACCACGGGCAGGGCCAGGACUGCCCCGGCCUCCCGGGGAUUAAAGCCGAGUCCCCACCUUG